AUGACAGCCAGCGGCUUCCUGUGCAACGGCCCCGGCGGCAAGGCAUUAGCAGACGGGCCGACCUUACUCUCAGCGGGCCUUCAGCUCCCUUCCCUCGUCACCGAACAGGACCUCGAGUUCUUCGCCGGCGUGGAAACCGCCCCGCGCAUAUGCGGGGAGUGGGCUUUCAAUGCAAGCGCCGUCAGUUGGUUUCUGUACAAGCCUCCAAACGCUGCUGCUCAACGCGACGACGUUACCGGCAUCGAAGUAGAGCCCGGGUACAUGUAUGUAACGUACGAGCAUUUUGCAGACUUCUGUCUCUUCAGAGCUAGCGUGGACGACACUCUUGAGUUCCCAUCCCCGGUCCCGAGCACUUCGGCGACAGACCUUGAGGAAGGAAAUGGAGGGGCCAGCAGUGAAGGUGAUGGAAGCGCAGACCCCACAAACGAAGACGCUGAGAGUGCAGGAAGCAUUGAUGGUCAACUUAGUCCUAGUCCUGGUCAAACGGCGGGGACCACAGAUGAUAAUCCAAGGGAAUGCUUCCCAGGCGAUGCCCUUGUGCAGCUUGAGGAUGGCAAAGCAAGGCGAAUGGCUGACCUGGGGCUUGGUGACAAGGUAAUGUCGUCAACGAAUGAUCAUUACUCCGAUGUUUAUUUUUUCAGCCAUCGCGAUAGGCAGGUUUCCGCUACUUUCGUGCGCCUGGAGACAUCGUCUAGGGGGUCCUUGUCACUUACAAGUGGCCACUACCUUUAUCUAAACGGGAUUGCUGCGGCGGCAGCGACGGCACGUCCUGGCGAUUUUCUCACUGUGGCAAAUGGUACGAUGGACAGAGUAAUUAGCGUGGGCAUGGUGAAAGGCGGUGGGUUGUAUAAUCCGCACACGUCCCGAGGAGACAUCGUCGUCAACGGUUUCUUGACGACGACCUGGACUACAGCCGUCCCACCGGUCGUUGCGCACCCACUGCUUGCCCCAAUACGGUUUAUUUAUUCUUUGUUGCGAGCACCUAUGGAACACGCUUCGGGUCGACCUGCGGGGCUAUUGGGCUUUUUGAAAGUAUUAUGCAGGAAGUGA